AUGAUCACUAGUAGUGUUCAAAAACUUUCAAAAGGAAAGCCUUUUCAUGAGAAAGUGCAUUUUGAUUUUGUUAUAAAUGAGAUUAUUAAACACCCUGAAACGGUUAUUCUUGGUGAUUAUAUGUACAAGGAAAUGGGUAAAAGAACAGAAUUUAGUCAUGGUGUGGGAGCAGUUGACAGUAAAGAAAAUACAUCAAGAUUUAUAAAUGCUUUAAGAAGAAUGGGAGAAAUAGGUCAGAAAUAUCAAGACAAAGGAUAUAAAUCAUUUGAAGAUAUAAUUAUCAAUGAAAAGCUAUCACCGUCCCAUAAAUUUCUAAUGAAACAUGCAUAUGACUUUGAUCGUUUAUUUCCUAAGGAAGAAAUGGAUUUAUUCAAGGAAAUAAUUAUUUCAGAGUUGAAGUCAAUGGAUUCUGGAUAUAUUGCAGAACCAUGUGCUGAGUAUCGACGUAACGCUAGGAAUUUGGAAAAUUCAAGGCAAUUUGAAAUGGUAAUUUCACAUGUGGAAUUUGACACAACUC